AAACAAACAAACAUUCCCAUAUUGCGGCAUCAGUUGGCAUUCCAGUGAUAAAUAACAUCCCUUCCAGCAGCCCAUACAUAUCAGUGUUAUGGAACCAGAUCAGAAAGCUGAGGCUUCAACGCAAGCUUCUUCAAGUGGUACCGACAGACAGCUAGUGCAGCCAGUACCAGAAACCAAACCUGAUCAGACCCCUCAACCGUCCGUCGACCGGUCAGAACUAAUAGCAAGAGCCCGCACUUUCCUAUCAACGCCCCAUAUCCUCUCGCAGAACGAUACCUCCAAACAUGCGUUCCUCGUCGAGAAGGGGCUUACGCAGGACGAGAUCCAUUCACUGCUCCGUGAAAUCCCUCCACCAGUACCACCACGGACAUAUCCCCAGCCCCCUCCAUCCAAUCUCCCCAAUAUGCUCGUUGGGAUUGUGCGUAUAUUUACGUGGCUAGCCGGUAGCUCUGCAUUCGUCCUGUUCGUCUACUACCGGUUCUUUCUGCCGAGAAUCUCCCAAACCUACCACGCUCGCCACGCACUCCGUAUGCACCAGUCCGAACUCAUGCUCCGUCUUAACAAAUCCAUCGCUACAUUCAAAGAGAAGCAAGCGGAAUGUUUUGUCAACCUACCAAAACCCAUGAUAUAUAAAGAGGAGCCAGAGUACGCAGACUGCCAUUCGCUAGACGAUAUCCUCGCAUGUCGCCGCAAAGCAGACAUCGACGACGAGGAUGCUGGUGACACUCCAAAUAUCUCGAUUUUGCGUUCUGGUAUCGAGGAGUUGACUCGUUCGAAGGAAAGCACAGAGGGAAUAAGCACAGGGGAUCUAUUUAACCAUCUAGAAAUUAAGCUUCCAUGGUUGAAGGGAGAGCAAGGUGCUGAGUAUCAAAAUGAGCUCUGGCAAACACUCAACAAAUCACCUCUAUUCACUUCCUCCUCACCACAAUCUUCCUCUUCCUCGUCUAUCCCUGUACAUCCCUCUAGCCUCCUCUGGACAUAUGUUCCUCCAAUAGUAUCACCCCCUCCGCCCAUGAUCGUCGCUCUCGAUACUUUGCGAGCAGCGCUUCCCCGUAACGCACCAGCCCCUCCGCUCUCCAAGACCGAAACAGCACCUCUCCGCCCUGCACAACGAACCCUUCAAACACUCGCAAAUUUCACCGGGUACAUCGCCACCCAGACAUAUUCGUUCGGGGUCUACAUGCGCGGCAUCGGCGGCUCCCCCACGACAAAUAACACCGAUGUGGACGAAAUCCGCCGCGAGAUACGCGCACUCAAAGGUCUCGUUCUCAACAGACGCUCAUUUUUACCAGGCAUAGGGAUACCGCGCACUUCAAGCGAGCCAUCAAAGCUUGCCGAUGUAUGAAUUGUCGUAUUUCGUGUACAGACAAUAUGCUAUUUCUAUUGGCGUAUAUAGGUUUGCUAACCAACAAAUGAUGAUGCAGUGAGUGAAUUCCGUGGAAUCGCGUUGAGCACGAUUGUAGGACGAAUAGAUGAGGAGCAAUAAUAGUCAUGGGGCGAAGCAGGCCACGGUAGACAAAAAGCAAUAUGUAAACAAGCUAUGGGUGAGUAUGGGGAAAGGGAACGUGUUAAAGUCAGGUGCAGUUGUACCGAUACAGUGAAGGGAUAGGAAAGCAACGUCGCAGACGUGGUGAUGACAGGCAAAAAAAACUAGCACUGGCCUAAGAAUGAGUUCUUGGGGAAGGGUUGUUUAUAGUCGUUCUUCCAAGUGGUAAGGUUAGGAUUAGUAUAUGCCUCGAUGUACCUGACAGAUAUGAGAAUCUCUCGUCGAGCCAAGCGAACAGGAAACAUACGUGUUAAUAUAAUCUGCUGU